AUGAGCUCGGGCGCUGGCGGUCUUGCUCAAAUGACCUACAACAAUAACAACAACUUCGCACCUAGCGGCUUGGGCGUUCCCGGAGCCGGUUUCGCUUCUCGCGGCAAGGGCGCCCAGCUUAAACGUCUCAGUGUCGCCGCUCCGCCUUCGAUCGCUCCCAUUAGCGAGCAUCACGCCGAGGGCGUUUCCACUCCAAGGACCAGCCGCUCUCACCUUCUUGCAGGCCUUCGUACCCAGCCAAAAGCGCAGCAGCCACCUGCGUCCGCACCAUACAACCAAACUCAGCACAAUUUUGGUCUGGAAAGCUCCAAAUAUGCCCCUCAGAAUGGCAUGACCUACGGACGUGGCAUUCCUCAGACUGCAGUCGGGUCUAACUUUCCUACGGCUCUUCAGGCGCAGUAUGGCAUGGACACUAGCCAGCAGCUUUACUCCCUGCCUGAGCAGGUUCUGGCCCCACCGUCCAUGCAGUACGGUGCUCAGGAUGAUCCGAACUUGGCAGCUCAGCUCUUGGCGACCGAGCUCUAUCUUCAACAGCGGCAACAGCAACUCCAGCAGCAGCUGCUCAAUCUCACUGCUCAACAGUUCGGAGGGAUGAGCCUGAACACCCCGACUGCAUAUCGCCAGUCACAGCAGUUUCCUGCCACCCCCAUGACGCCGCAGACGGGCAUGUACAACCAGCACUCGCAGAACGGGUUUUCUAUCCCGCAGCAGGUCGUGGGACAGCCGGGCGUCUAUCUGGUCUACAAUCAGAUGACCGGCCAAUACAACUAUGUCACCGAUACGACUUUGCAGCAAAGCCAAUUUGCCGACUCUCCACCUCCACCCACGCCCAGUUACGCUGCGUCACCGCCGAAGAUCGAUACGCCUACCUUCCGUGCACAGGUUUCGCCUCCAAAUGACAAUGUUUCAAACCCCUUCCUGCGUGGCUCGUCGCCGCCGAAGAAGGCACCGUCUCCGCCGCAGGACGUGACGCCUCUGCCUCCUCCGUCCGCCAAUGCUUUCCGUCCCGGCCAUAAGAAGGCCUCGUCGCUGGCUUUCAAGUCCAAUUCAAACAUUCAAAUCAGCGACGGACCAAGAUCGUCAAUCUCUCGCCCGGGCGGCAUCCCACCAACUCCCCAGACUGGCACCUUCGGACCUGGUCAGGCUCGCGCUGGAGAGCAUCCAGUUCGUCAGCCGCGUGGCCCUCCGCCCAUGGAGGAGUUGGUAGCCGCACCCACCACAAAGCAUGAGGGAAGCAAGAACUUUGCAACCCGUCAGCGCCGUCGUGCGGUCCACAGUCUUGUCCGUGCUGGAAUCGAGCGCCGUGGUGCCCGCACCGGGAGUGGCGGCAGCAUGACACCUGUUAGCGACAACGAGUUUCAGUUCUCGCUCCCUUCCGACAACGACUCUGACAGCGCUCGAAGCGGUGGCAGCCUCUCCGGCAAACCAAGCAUUGGCAGUUUGCGAGCGGCGGCCAGCGGUGCUAUUGGGUCUGAGCGCAAGGCUUCUCGGGAGAGGAACAGCGGCGACAAUUGGACCGCAAACAGUGUCAGCAGUGACGAAGGUGCGAGCGUCGGUGGCAGACUCUUGGAAGUUCGUCCGGAGGAGAACAAGCCCCUCCCGAGCGAACGACGCACCAUGCCGCGAUUCAUCAUCAACAGUGCUGAGAAACGCAAGAGCGGCAUGUUCUGA